AUGGUGAGUAUCUACCGUGCCAGGCAAGGACUUUCUGUGACACUGGUUUCCGAGACCGCUUUCCGGGGACACUUCGGGUCCCGAGGCCUGGAAGUCCACCGAGCAUCUCCACCACUUCCAGCCUCUGCGGGCCCGAGCUUCCUCCUCUCUGCAGGGAGUUGGACCAAAUCAAGAUUGGAGCUUGCAUGUUUAUUUGUGGGUUCAUCUUCUUCAUCUGCACCUCGAAGGAGAUCUUCAACCACGCCUUUUUUUUCCCUUCUGGAAAGAGAUGAAACUUGGACUCUUGGACUAGAUAGCUGCAUUAUCAAAAAAGAACAGGUUUAUGCCCAAAUGUUCCAAGAUAAAGAUUCAUGCAGUAGCAAUCAGAGUCAUCCAGGAACUAGUUUACAAAGUUGUGUGCUAGAAGGAAAAACCCUUUUCCCAGAAAUGUUCCAAACAAGUCAUCUUUUAUUUUAUGAACGGUUCAGAGCCUAUCAGGAUUACAUUUUAGCUGAUUGCAAGGCCUCUGAGGUAAGAGAAUUCACAGCUGAGUUCUUGGAGAAGGUCCUUGAACCAUCUGGAUGGCAGGCAGUCUGGCACACUAAUGUGUUCGAGGUGCUGGUUGAGGUCACAGAUGUGGACUUUAUAUCCUUGAAGGCAGUGGUGAGGCUUGCUGACCCAUACCUUUGUGAAUCUCAAGUGAGCACUUUUACCUUGGAGUGUAUGAAAGGACUCCUGGAGCUGAAGGAACAUCGGUUACCUCUGCAGGAGCUGUGGGUGGUAUUUGAUGAUUCAGGAUUAUUGGACCAGACAGCACUUGCAGUUGAGCAUGUCAGGUUUUUCUACCAAAACAUUUGGAGGAGUUGGGAUGAAGAAGAGGAGGAUGAAUAUGAUUAUUUUGUCAGAUGUGUUGAACCUCGAUUGAGAUUACAUUAUGACAUUCUUGAAGACCGAGUUCCUUCAGGACUUAUUGUUGACUACCGUAAUCUCUUGUCUCAAUGUGAAGAGAGUUACACAAGAUUUUUAAAUUUGAGAAGCAGUUUGUCAAAUUGUAAAUCUGAUUCUGAGCAGGAAAACAUUUCGAUGGUAGAAGGUUUAAAAUUGUAUUCAGAGAUUGAACAGUUGAAACAAAAGCUGAAACUCAUUGAGAAUCCUUUGUUGAGGUAUGUGUUUGGAUAUCAGAAGAAUUCUAAUAUCCAAGCAAAGGGUAUUCGUCCAAAUGGUCAGAAGGUCACCCACGUGGUUUCUUCUAUCAUGAUGACUGGUCUACUACAUUCCCUGGUUAGGGACAGACUUUCUCGGGAGUCUUGUAAGGAAGAAACAGAAAUUCAGUUCCAUAGUGAUCCUUUGUCUGCUAUAGAUGCAUGUUAUGAAGGUGAUACUGUUAUUAUUUGUCCUGGUCAUUAUCUGGUACAUGGAUCAUUCUCUAUUGCUGACUCUAUUGAGUUGGAAGGAUAUGGUCUACCAGAUGAUAUUGUAAUAGAAAAGAAGGGCAAAGGAGACACUUUUGUGGAUUGUACAGGUGCAGAUAUUAAAAUCUCAGGCAUAAAAUUUGUUCAGCAUGAUGCUGUAGAAGGAAUCCUAAUCAUUCAUCGUGGCAAGACUACAUUGGAAAAUUGUGUACUACAAUGUGAAACUACAGGAGUCACAGUACGAACUUCAGCAGAAUUUUUAAUGAAGAACUCAGAUUUAUAUGGUGCCAAGGGUGCUGGUAUUGAAAUAUAUCCUGGAAGUAAGUGCACCUUGAGUGACAAUGGGAUACAUCACUGCAAAGAAGGAAUUCUCAUAAAGGAUUUCUUAGAUGAACAUUAUGACAUCCCCCAAAUAUCUAUGGUGAAUAACAUCAUUCACAAUAAUGAAGGUUAUGGUGUUGUCUUAGUGAAGCCUACAAUUUUCUCUGACUUUGAAGAAAAUGUACAAGAUGGAACUCAAGAAAAUGAAGUGCUUAAAACGCAGACAAGUGGAGAGGAAGCUGCCUCUGGAACAGUGGAUCUAGAAGAGCUGAUUCACAGUGCAUCUAGUAGAAUGGAGCAUGAUGUCAAAUCUGACCUUUCUAAUCAAGUCGAAGGCAACUGUGAAAUUGUAAACGAAUUGGUUGCAGCAUCCACACAAAAGGGCCAGAUGAAGAAGAAAAGGUUGAGUGAACUGGGUAUCACACAAGCGGAUGACAACUUAAUGUCGCAGGAAAUGUUUGUUUCAAUUGUGGGGAACCAGUUCAAGUGGAAUGGGAAAGGGAGUUUUGGUACAUUUCUUUUCUGACCACUUUAAUGCCCAUAGAUAGCAAAAAUGGAAUUUUUGACAUCCUGCCCCAGUAAUCACUGCUGCUACUAUAGACUGCUUUGAUUUUUAUUUGAUAUUUGAU